CACGCUGAGUCAGUCACAAAGUCUUAGAGAGCAACUUAAUACCUGACUUUAACAGCUUGAGGUUUGCUUUAUGGUUUCUCAAUUGGAGUCAAUCUGCAGCCUGAACUGUUUGGCUGACAGCCUCGACGGCACAAGGAUGUCAGGCCUUCUCAACCUCAGCAGCCUGGGCAAGAUCUGCGGCUCCAGUCACAGCAAUGAAAUGGUCGUUUUGGACCGGGUCAAGAGGAAGAACUCUGUCAGGCGCAUGUCAAUUAUUGAAGAUGGUGAAAUUGCGGAGGUUCUCUACCUUAUUCCCAAACAGUCCAUGAUGGAGCAGCUGCCUUUCCUCAACCCCAACGACUACAUCUUGUGUGAAAAGCUGGCCAGUAUACCCGCAGAGAUGUCAGUGCUACAUGCUCAGGAUAGCUGCCACCAGUGUCCUCCAGCGGGGAAGCGGGACAUCCAGUGCUUCAGAUGUGGGGAGCCAUGCAAGGGAGAGGUGCUGCGAGUCCAGAACAGCCACUUCCACAUAAAGUGCUUUACCUGCAAAGUAUGUGGCUGUGACUUGGCUCAGAGUGGCUUCUUCAUGAAGAAUGGUGACUACCUCUGCCCGCUGGACUUCCAGAGGCUUCACGGCACGCUCUGCAACAGCUGUGGGGAAUUUGUGGAGGGAGAGGUGGUCACAGUCUUGGGGAAGAACUACCACCCAGCCUGCUUUGUGUGCAGCAUUUGCAAACAGCACUUUCCUGCUGGGGAUUGUGUCACCUUCAGUGGAAAAGACUGCCUCUGUCAGCACUGUAUUCGGCCCGUGUCUCCUACUCCUAACAACAUCAGCUAUCCCAGUAACUGCUCUGGCUGUGGUAGAGACAUCAAGAAUGGCCAGGCUCUUUUAGCCCUGGGUGGCCAGUGGCACCUGGGCUGCUUCAAGUGUAAAGCCUGCAGGAAAGUGCUGAGUGGAGAAUAUAUCAGCAAGGAUGGUGUUCCCUAUUGUGAGCGGGACUACCAGAUUCACUUUGGGGUACAAUGUGAAGCAUGUCAGAAGUUUAUCACAGGAAAAGUCCUAGAGGCAGGGGACAAACAUUAUCACCCCACCUGUGCAAGAUGCAGCCGAUGUGACAAAAUGUUCACAGAAGGUGAAGAAAUGUAUCUGCAAGGAUCAACAGUUUGGCAUCCAGACUGCAGAGACAGCAGGAGAACUGAGGACAGUUACAUGGUCAGCAGACCAAAAACUCCUUGUCUUGAUUUCUUUUUCCCCUCACGUGCACUGAAGCCCACUAGAUCCUCAUCCGAAAGCUCCUGUUCCAGGCCGGGCUCAUGCACUCCAGGGAGUCCUGGUCGGACUAUCUGCGCAAAAGUAGAUAAUGAGAUCAUUGAUUACCGAGAAUUAGCAGCAAUUCCCAGAGUCAAGGCUAUAUAUGAUAUAGAGCAUCCUGAUAUGAUGUCUUAUAAGUCUGUGAACGACAACUCUUCUGCUUUGGACAACAAAGGCAACAGACAGAACAGGCAAAUCCCUACAGAGUCACCAGGAAACGUGUUUGAAACCACAGAGGAGAGUUUUGAAGUGCGAAAGUAUAUACCAAAAUCUACAAGCCACAGAUCUUUUGGAGUUCAUGCAAUGUUAAAUCGUCAUAGCUACACUCCAACUCUGUCCAGAUCGCCACGACACUUCCACCGGCCAGGGUUGAAGCUUUCUCCCUCUUUAUUCUCUGGCAACACUGACACCUUCCCCACUUCCCCUUUAUGUCACCACUUACUCCCUCACACCAAAGACGAAGGCUUCAACAUGUACAGGAGGCCUCCAAUUUAUAAACAGCAAGAUCCAAAUUCCUCUACAUCCCAAACAUCCUCUUUGCCUGGAUAUGGUCGCAAUGGCCUCAAUCCGCCACGGUCAGCUGAUUUCUCCCAUUGCAAUGGCGACAGAUUCAGAGACUUUAAGCUCAUCCAUGACGGUCAACAUCCAUUAGCCAAAAUGGGUAGAGGAGUGUCUAUGCCUAACUUGUUGGAACCAAAAGUCUACCCAUAUGAAAUGCUCACAGUAGCAAAUAGAGGACGAGUGAAGCUUCCCAAGGAUGUUGACAGAACAAGACUCGAGCGGCACCUAUCGCCAGAUUCAUUUUUUGAGAUCUUUGGCAUGGAGAUUCAAGAAUUUGACACACUUCCACUGUGGAAACGUAAUGACAUGAAGAGGAAUGCAAAUCUAUUCUAAAUGCUGCCUGAUGCAUGUUUUAACUCAUUGUUAAUAUGCAGUAUAUGUCGAGUUCUGAUGACCCUUUAUAUUUAUUUCUUUACACAAAAAUUUUACAUUUUUUGCCUAAGAACUGGAUAAAUUACAUGUUUUCGGGGACACAAUAUUGUGUUUCCCACUUAGUUUUUUAGGCUAUUGUAAUGAAUGAAGUUUAAAUGUAUUAAUACCUCAAAGCAGAUAUGAACAUGAGAACUCAAUUUAGCCAUAGUCUUAGCUUCAGUAAUAGCCAUUAUUAUUUUGUCUUUCCUAAAUCAGCCCUGUCCCCCCAGGGAUUACGUUCAUAUUGGACGAUUCAGAUGUAUACAAUUUAUAUCUAUUCAUCAUAAAUGCAACAGGUAGUGUGGCAUUUUUAUAGCAUGCUGAAAAGUGAAAAGUGAGACUCUUAAGCAAGGGCCUAAAAGCAACAUAAAGGCUUUGCAUAAUACAGCUAAAGCCUCACUGAAACAUUUUCAUUGGUGUAGUGUAGUGUAGUGUAGUGUAGUCACUGGUUGCCUUCUAAAAAUUGAAGUAUUAUUGAUUUUAGAACACAGAGUUUGUGGUUAGGGUAUUUAUGUUGUUUAAAGUCAGAGACAUUCAUAUCUAAAAUGGCUGUGAAGCUGGUUAAAGUUAGUCCUAAUUAUAAGCCUUUUGUAGAUCAUUAUUAUUACCCUUUCUGAAUAAUACUUCCCAUGAUACCUAAUGUAUGGUACAGUGAUGGGAUACAUAAUCUUCAUCAAUUACUAUGUGAUAUUAUAGUUUUGUUACUCAGUUGAUACUCAGUUACACAAAUGUUAAAGCACAAAACUGGAAAGAGUCACUAAAUUAUCACUGAAAUGUGCUUUAUUGGACUGUUAAAGGAAUAAUUAAGAUGAUCUGACACUGACUUAGCUGUGAUAAACAUCACUGUAUAUGUUACCGUGACACUGUUGUUCCAGCACACCACCUCAAUAAAAUCUUCCACUUCUUAAAA